AUGAAGAGCCUGCAUUCCGUUGGCCGUCCGAUGUUUCCGGCCGACCUAACGGCUUCCGUUGACGACCUGCCGUACCUGCUGACGUCAGCUCGGGCGAACAUCGACGGCUGUGUCGAGGGGCUGCAAGAAUUCGCGCCGGAUGCGCUGGAUACGGCGCCGGGAAUUCGGCUUCGGUCGGAAGUCACGCUCAUUACAGUCACAGUCGCCGCAGCCCACGCGUGCGUCCCGUGCGCAAUCGAUGACGAGCUUUCCGCCUCAGUAGGCGGAGAUUCUUCCACCGAUGAUUCUGCUGAUUAUUCCGCCGAGUCUUCUGCCGAUGCUUAUGAGUAUGACUACCCCUCGCUCCCUAGCCGCCGAAUCACAACGGAAACGGACCAAUCAGGCGACAGCGGCGCGCCUGGGUGGGUAAAUCCUGGGAUUUUCAAGCACCUGAAGCGCAUUCAGGCGGCGCACAUGCGCGGCGGAGACGCGUGGGACGCGCCGGGCGCGCGGAGACUCCUUGGCUUGGAUGGCGCAGAGACAGGGGACGACGCGGCAGGAGCGGAGGCAGCAGACGCAGCGGCGCAGAGUGACUCUAUCCUGCGCCGCUUAACCGACGAGGGCGUGGCUUCCGCUUAUAGCGGGGACGCGGGUGAUUCGCACGAAUCUGGCGACACGCUUCGGAGGGGGCUGCAAAGCAGCAGCAACGGGAAGACGAGCAAAAUGGGCGUACAAGUGGGAGGGAUUUUGGAUACGAGCGGCUUUAACGGCCAAUACAGCAGCCUGCUGCCGCCCCGAGUGAAUGCGAUCGUUGCUAAGGACGGCUCCGGCACGCACAGGACGCUCAAGGCUGCAAUUGCCUCCGCACCAAUGAAGGGCACUUUCGUUAUUUUCAUCAAAAGAGGAGUGUACGACGAGCAGAUUCUCUUUGACAACCAGGGUAUUGUUUUGGUGGGAGAAGGAAUGGGCAAGACUGUCAUCACAGGCAAGAAGAGCGUGGUUGGCGGAUCAACCACGUUCAACUCUGCUACUCUUGGUAAGCACUCUUCCUCUCUCCGUCUCCCCUCGCUGGGAUUGUCUUGUACCCUCCCUCUCUCCUUAUUUGGUGGUAUUGUUUUGGUGGGAGAAGGAAUGGGCAAGACUGUCAUCACGGGCAAGAAGAGUGUGGUUGGCGGGUCAACCACGUUCAACUCUGCUACCCUUGGUCAGUACCCUUCCUCUCUCUCCACCUCUCCUCUUUACUUCAUCAAGGCAGGAGUGCAUGACGAACAGGCUCUCUUUGACAACCACGUGAAUUUUACUUUUGAGAAUUCUCAAAACACUCUUCCCCCCUUCCACUCCCCUCCUCCUCUCUCUCCUUUUCCUCUCUUUCCUCUUCUCUCACUUCCCUCUCAACGCAGCCGGAGCCGGGCCAGUGGGCCAGCAGGCACUAGCUCUGCGCUCCCUCAUCUCUCUCCCCCCAUCUAUCCCCCACCCACGCUCCCUUUCCCCCUUUCUUCCCUCCCCAGGCGCCAACAAGGGCAUGCUGACAGCGCUGGGAGUCAUCAUCCGCAACACAGCCAGGCCAGUGGGCCAGAAAGCAGUGGCUUUACCCUCACAGCAGGCGGCAGCGCCAACAAGGGCAUGUUUACGGCCCUCGGAAUCACCGUGCGAAACACAGCAGGGAUAGUGGGGCAGCAGGCAGUGGCCCUUCGCUCCGAAGACCUCUCAGCCUUCUUCGAGUGCGAUUUUGACGGCAACCAGAACUCGCUCUACCCUCACAGCGGGCACAACACAGACCUCCUGUCACGCUCACCCCCCCACCAUCCCGAGUUUGACGGCAACCAGGACUCGCUCUACCCUCACAGCGGCGUACCUCCUCCCACCCUCACCCCCCCACCUUCCGUCCCUCUCCGUCUCUCUCGCUCUCUUUCCCGUCCCCCCCCCACCUCCACUCCAGGCGCCAACAAGGGCAUGUUUACGGCCCUGGGAAUCACCGUGCGCAACACAGCGGGGGUAGUGGGCCAGCAGGCAGUGGCCCUUCGCUCCGAAGACCUCUCAGCCUUCUUCGAGUGCGAUUUUGACGGCAACCAGGACACGCUCUACCCUCACAGCGGGCGGCAGUAUUUCCGCGACUGCAAAGUGGGCGGCACGGUGGAUUUUAUCUUCGGGAAGGGCGCAGCCGUGUUCGACCGCCCGCAAAUCAGGCUUCAUAAGGACGAUCCCGUGAUAAUCACUGCACCACAGAACGACCCGACGUACCCGGAACCCAAGGGGCUUAUUAUCCGGAAUGCGGUGAUUACUGCGGAUGCGGGUGUGGGAAAGGCGUAG